GAAAAAACAUAGAUGUUCUCAUGUAAAAGUCCACAGUGUUUUGUACCGGGAGAAUGUCAGAGAACUCAUCUGCGACUGCGUGCGUAGUUCCGGCGACCCUUGCUCCUUGAACCUUCAUUUCUUCUUCUAUGGAAGGGUAAUCGGGUCACACAUACUCAUAGAAACUAACAAACCAGAUCAUUUAUCGGGUUGACCCGACCCUAUUCAUUACCCUCUCUCCUUCGCCGGCGUUGUGAGUUGUUCGGAAUCCAAAAUGCUCCGAGCAAGAGGUUCCUCAAACAGAAUCACUCAAUUCCAUCAAUGUCUCUUCCGCACCAUCACCAACCACCGCUUCACCACCUCCUCCACCCAGCUCCGCCACUCUCCUUCUUCAUUCGCAGCUAAAUCAAAUGUCACUACCCUCUCCUCCCUGCUCCGAUCGCCACCGCCGGUAUCCUCCCCCGCCCGGCUGGGAGCCGUUAGAUUCUUCGCCAUAAAGCCCCCCAACUUCGACGGCGGUUUUGCGAAGAAGGUGCUGGACAAACAGACGGCGGCGGUGGCCUCCACGUUCUCGCGCUACCGCGAGGCGAUCGGGUUGCAAUUUGACGCUUUCCUCCGGAGGAAUUAUCCCAUUCUAUUGGGUGUUGGUGCAGUUGUCGUCUGUGCUGUGCUCUGGAGGAUUCUCUUCGGGAUCACCAACAUCUUCGUCUCGCUUUCUGAAGGCUUGGCUAAGUAUGGCUUCCUUGCCCUUUCAUCUGCUAUCGUUGCUUUUACUGGCUUGUAUAUCCGCUCAAGGUACAAGAUCAACCCUGAGAAAGUUUAUAGAAUGGCCAUGAGAAGACUUAACACGUCUGCUGGGAUUCUCGAAGUUAUGGGUGCUCCCCUUACAGGAUCUGAUAUAAGAGUUAUUGUGAUGUCGGGCGGUGGGUUUCAGUUAAAGAAGUUCAAGCCAACUAUUAGGAGUCGGCGAUGUUUUCUCAUGUUCCCCAUAAGAGGUUCUGAGAAAAAGGGCAUGGUCAGUGUUGAAGUCAAGAAAAAGAAGGGCCAGUAUGAUAUGAAGCUGCUAGCUAUUGAUGUUCCCCUGGCUUCUGGCCCAGACCAGCGGUGGUAUCUGGUUGGCGAUGAAGAAGAGUACAGGAUUGGUGGGGGCUUAAUAGGUGAGCUAAGAGACCCUGCAGUGAAAGCAAUGGCAGCAACCAAAGAAUUUGAUAAUCUUGAUGAGAUUGAGGAAGAGGAGGAUGCUGAAAGAGAACGUAAGGAGGCUGAAAGAAAGCACCGUGAAGAAAUUGAGAAGCUUGAAAAUAGCGGCACUCAGUAGCGGUCACUCAUGAUGAAUCUCUUCCGAUUUCUUCUUUUGUUGAUUACAGGAGUUUGUUUUGUUCUUUAGAACACAUUUAUUUUGCAUCAUUUCGAGUUUUCCCAAGGUUUAGAGAUUGUACCACAAGUGGUUAAGUUUAUUGAACCAAAGUUAAGAUAAAUAAAGCUGACAGGGAUCAACAUACAUCGGAAUGGUCCAGCGUCUGUUGUUUCUAAUGUUCUACUUUCGUCCAAUUUCCAAAGGAUUCUCAGUGUGCCUGGUUGGUGCCUCUUCACAAGUUAUAGCGAUGCUGAAAUUAUACAGUAUAGCAGAAAUAGCUAAUAGGUUCUCUAACCACUUCGGUUGCAACAUUAAAAAUAUAUUCAAUAUGAGGGACAUUGCUGAUUGGCAUUA